AUGAGGAUGAAGAAGGUAUCUGGCGAAGUGUAUGCAGUGGAUGAGUGGACCAUCAUACUUGUGAACUUCAACUAUGAUGGCACGGGGGACGACACCUUCUUCUGGGCCGGAGACGCAGGCCGGCCGGGACCACAGGGCUUUAUCGUGCCCGAUGAACAUGGCAAAACCAACAUCCUGGAGCGCUACUACAACCAGGACGUUCGGCUAACGCUGCCGGAAGGCAAGCGAAUCUCGCGCAUCAAGUGGCUGGCCGUCUACGACAUCGCCAGCCAGAACGCCUUCGGGGACGUCUACGUGCCCGAUGACUUCGAAUCGCCCGCUCCACGCACUAUUGGCCCACUGGUCGGGGAGCGAGUGGUGUCUAGCGAGUCGGUGCUCAUAGCUGAUGCCAGCACUAUCAUGUCAAAGGUAGCCUUCGGGGACGUCUACGUGCCCGACGACUUCGAAUCGCCCGCUCCACGCACUAUUGGCCCGCUGGUCGGGGAGCGAGCGGUGUCCAGCGAGUCUGUGCUCAUAGCUGAUGCCAGCACUAUCAUUAUCCCUGAAUUCAAAUAUGACGGCACCGGCGAGGAGGUUUACUUCUGGACAGGAGUGGGCCCGCAGCCUUCGUCGAGAGGGAUCAAGAUACCUGAUGAUUAUGGCUACCUGGAGCCGCUCCGAGCAUACAAGGGCGAAGACGUGCGUCUAACCUUACCGGGCGGGCGCACAGUGUUCGACAUCAAGUGGCUAUCCGUGUACGACUUGGGCGCGGCGCGCUCGCUAGCGGCUGUACUGGUGCCCGACGCGCUUAACGUGCCGCCUGCGCCGCUCGCACUGCACCCUUACAGAACAAAUCUGCCACACUGCAAGCAGCUGCAUCGAGAUUACCAAGUCUCCUGGGAGAAAUUCGGCAACCAGAUCACCAUCGAACUAGCAGCCCGGAUCGAUGAAAACGAAUACAUGGGCUUCGGCAUCUCGGGCAGCGACAGCAAGACACAGAUGUUAGGCGCCGACCUCGCGGUCGCCUACUACGACGCCAAGAUGCAGCGCGCGCUCGCUACCGACUACAACGUCACCGCUAUAGCGCCGGUAACUUGA